GAGAGAGAGAGAGAGAGAGAGAGAGAGAUCGAUAAAAAAAAAAAGAAAGAAUAGAGAAAAACAUAUAACGGAGAACUUGAAAAUAUAUUUAACGCAUUCUUUAAAAGGAAUAAAAAAAAUAUAUCACGCGAACUAUAUGAUCGAACAAUUUUUUCCACUCUCUAUGUCGGACUAUCUUGAUGACGCGCGCGCGUUAUUCUUUGCGAUUUGAAUAAAUAAAUAAAAAAAAAGAACAAGUAGAAAGAAGUAAAUAGAAAAAAAAGCAAAACAAGAAAGAAAAAGAAAAGAAAAAGAAAAAAAAGAAAAGAGUCGAAUAGAAAUCGUAAAAAAGAAGAAGUUCAAUCGUCGCCUCGAAGAGGACACUCGCAUCCAAGGCGAGGAAAAAGAAUAAGAACUAGAGAACGUCGGACGUUGACCGAUGACGAGUAGAAAUUUGUUGCUAAAGUGAUAGGGGAAAAAAAAAAAAAAAAAAAAAAAAAAGAAAAGAAAAGAAAAGAAGAAUCCAGGAAAAAUAACAUCCAAACUGGAGGGAUCAAAAGAGAUCGUGUAAAAGAUGCGGUUCCUCGUGGAGAGCCGCUCGACAACCGAUCGGAAAGGUAUUGUCAAGGAUGAUUCGUUGGAUAGGAAUGUUGGCUCUGGCCAGAUCGUGGAAAACAGUAUCAUCAUUAUCGUCAGCAGCAACAAUAGCAGCAACAAUUUCAUCAUCAUCGUCAUUGGUAACAACGGUGGAAGAUCUAUCGGGAAAAUUAUUAUCAACGGUAUCGAUAACGUUAGCUUUAAAGACGAUCGUAUCAUUAUCGAAGGUAACAAAACGUUUGACAGGCUCGACGGGAUUAUUAAAAAAAUUCGUGAAUACGACGGAGUCAUCGAACAUAAUAUCGAGAAUAAUAUCGAGGAAAUUGAUUACGAGGAUUUAUUGGACAUUGCGAUCAAGGAGAUUCGCGAUUUCUUGGAAUGUACGUCAUCUAUCCCCUCGACGAGCUUCUUCGAUUAUAUGAGAAUCCUUUUCGCGAGUCCUUCGAGCCAUUGACAUUGAACAUUAACGGGACUAAUUCUGUUUCGUCGAGUUCGAGUGUUUAUCACGAGCGAAAUCAUAAUUAUCGUCGUUCGGGUUGCGUCAAAUCUGUCGUAGUUGAUAAAAUUGAUGAAUACGACGAUCGAACGAGAAUAGAAGAAGUUAAUUUGAAUAGUGUACGUAAAAAGGAUAAUAAUAAUAAUAAUAAUCAUAAUAAUAAUAACAAUAAUAAAAAUAAUAAUAGUAGUAAUAAUAAUAAUAAGAAUAAUAAUAAUAAUAAUAAAAAGAAAAUCAAGAAGAUUAAGCAACAAGGUGGUAAAUUUAAAAAAAGGGAGCAGCAAUCACGUUACGAUAACGAUAACGAUAACGUCUCUCGUGAUAAGGCGAGGCAGGUGCCUCGAAAAAAAGGCCAGAAUAUGCAAAACAAUCGGAAUAACGCUGGCGACGAUACUUCCGCCGCUGCGGCCGCCAUCGCAGCCGCAGCAGCCGCCAUUGCUGCUAACAAUCCUUUGAAGGAUUUGACACAACCGAAUCUAAAUGAUUCCCUUAAACAGCAUAAUGUCAACGCUCUCAAACUCGUCCAAACCGUCGCUGAAUUCGCUCAAGAAUUUGGAGAAGCCAUGGAGAAUCAUUCGGCUAACAUACGCAGAUUGGUCGACGAGUUUCGAAGCCGAUCCGGUGAGCCACGGCUCGAUUCUAGCGGUAUGCGACGCGUUUGGGAGAAUUUAUUGAGACAAGUCGAGGCUGAUGCUGUCUCGCAUCUUGAUUUUGCCGCGGUAUUGCAACAGCAACUCUCAAGGCCAACCAUAGAGGCGAGCUUUCAUAGAAAGUUUCAAUCACGUAAGGUUUUCUCGUAUCGCGAAGGUUACGAACAAGAGAUUGCAAAGUCCGAAGAGAAAUUGCAACGAGCCAGAGCUGAUUAUAAACGUUCUUAUGCGUCCUUAUUAACGAACGAAGGUGGAAACGAAACGGAAUUGAAGCGUCAAUACUUCGAAGCUCACAAUGCUUACGUUCUUCAAUUGAGAGCUACCAAUGCUAUAACCGAAUGUUAUCAGAGCCAUUGUUUGCCUGGUUUACUCGGUGAAAUAGCCGAGGUCUACGAGGAACUUUGCGGAUUGGCUUGCAAAUGCGUCGCUGGUAUAUCGGAAGCAGCAUACGAACGUACCAGCGAACAAGCAAAACGUUAUCAAAAUGUUGGAAAGGAUGCUCAAACCGUUCUACCGAUUAACGAUUUACAGACCCUGGCACGCAAUUUGUCGGCCAAUGCAACGCCACGUAAACCAGUACGACGUUUGUUCGUUGCACUUUCACGACCAGAACAAGUACCAGUCGAAAAGGCUACGCAAAUACUACAGCUGAGAGAUGAAUUGGUACCUACCGGUAUCAGUACUGUGCCACUUAUGGAAGAACUUAAAAGGGAACACGAUAGUUUGACACAAAAAAUAGGAAGACUACAAGACGCCUUGGACACAUUGAUUCGAAUGCAACGCAAAAGUGCCGAAGGUAAUCUUUAUACGAAGGUGGCCGAAUUACAAGAAAAUAUUUCCAUGAAACGUUUUGAGCUGGGCGUCGCACAGUUGGAUCUUGCUGCGGUGCAGGCACAGAUGAUCCUAGGAAAGAUAAGGAGACGCAAUUAUGAGCGAAAAAAGCCGCCAGUUAAAAGGACCGAGACGAGAAUUAGCAGUAGUACGGCGAAAAAGGAACUCUUUGGAGGGGGAGAAGCUGGUCAACCCGAUGGAAUGAGCAGCAGAAAAAUGUCUAAUGGUUCGACCGGAAGUACCAAGCACAAAUGGUUGAAAGCAUUCAAAAGUUUGAAAACAAGCUCACCGACAACGUCACCGCCUACCGACAAAGGAAAACAGGCGAUGUAUCAUGCAGUAUCAACUGUAGUAGCUUUAUCCAGGAAAAAUAAUGAAAUCGAGGACGGUCACGUUUGGCGAGAGUACACCUAUCGAAAGAUAACACCUUGCGAUGCUUGCGGCCAAGUACUACGUGGUCAUAGUCGUCAAGGUCUAAGAUGUCGUGGUUGCAAGGUCAACGCUCAUUCCGAUUGUAUCAAUCAGAUACAACCGGUUAAGUGUCCAAGUUUGGCGCCGAAAAAAAGUGGCGGCAUACCCCUUUUGCGCCGUCAAAAAACUCAAGCGCCAGUCGACGAUACACCACCAGCCGAUCACAACGUGGACAGCAUAUACCAGGUGCUGAAGCAGGCAGGCGAGAUACGUGGAAACUCGACAAACUCACCACCUACGCCUCCCACAGCAGAUCAUCCUCCCUCCGGUGCAGCACCUUCUUCGGCGAGGGCCUCCUCCCACCCUUGUUCCUCGUCCACCUCUGCACCGCAUAGCCCGCAACGUAGACGCGAACGAUUGAAUCUGAGAAUGAAGAGUCUCAGUUUGGAUUCACCGGAAGGAACGGCUCAUGUACGUCAUCGUCCAAGAGAUUACUAUGCCUCCGGUCAAAGAGAAUCGACACCACCAAGGCACUCAGACAGUGGCAGUAUCAAUAGAUUAUACAGAGAUUUACCGAUCUUCGCAGCUCCAUGCAGUCCAGGACAAGGUCACACUAUGCAUAAGCACAUUAGGAGCGCCCUAAGAACGUCCAGCGUCGAGUUACCAGACGAGAAUGACAAAUGUUAUUCAUCGGCAAGUACAUCACCGUGUCCCUCGCCACAUCCCAACAAUCAAAAUCACAUGAAUCCGUCUGGAAAACGAGUACUUCCUCCGAACAAUCUCUACGUUGUCCUUUACAAUUUUGAGGCACGUCAUCGCGACGAACUGGAUUUAAAGCCCGGUUAUAAGGUCACGGUCAUCGAUAAAUCUGAAAAGGAUUGGUGGAAGGGUAAAUGUCUCGGCGGUCGUGCAGGAUAUUUUCCUAGUGCUUACGUGAUGCGCGUCGAAUCCGGCCAAAGGACUCUACAGGUCACUCGUAAUCUGCAAUUGACGGAUCAAAUCACUUUGCUUAGGGAUCAGAUUGUCAUACAAGUUGGCGAAGAAGUGGACGGGGUGGCUAUGGUUAGAUUCGCGGCGGACGUAAGAUCGGCCGAACAUAUCGGUAAGGAGGGUGACGUGUUAUACAACGAAACCCUCUGUCCUUUGAUGUAUCUACAAGAGGUGUGACAGCAGCCUUAUCAAGGCACUCGCUUAAACAUGA